GUGAAUCGAUUCACUACGAAGAAACAGUGUUUACAUUCUGCCAUUAACGAUGUGGUAGAGCUUUGCCGCCAACAUAAGAAAAAAAUUGUUAUUUGUAUUUGUACAGUUUAAUAAUAGAAAGAUAAGUAAGGUCAGAAUUUGAAAAUCACAAUGAGUAAUCCCAAUGCUGAUAAAGUUGGUGAAAUAUUCUUAGCUGGUGGAGCUGCUUUUCACAAGAUGUCUGAGCUCAUAAUGUCUCUUCAUGCUGGAGAUACAACUCCAGCUAGUGGAAAAUGGUCAUUGCAAGAAAUUCAGAUGCUGCAGACAUCAGUGAGAACCUUUAAUAAUGAGCUGAAGAGAAUUCAUAAAUCUAUCAAAGAAAAUAGUAGUCAAGUAGAAUCUCGGGUGAAAGACACAGUGGGUAUUAUUGGGUUGAAAAAGACAUCUACUGGUACUGUUAAAAACAUGUCAGAUGAUAAAAUGAGAAUUUCUACUGGUAUAUCACAAUCUCCACCUAAAUCUCAUUUGACAUUGAAUAUGUUGAAUGCUGUAGAAGCUGAAGUUGAUGUUGAAGGUUUGUCAAAUAAACUGGACUAUGACAGUGCAGAUGCUUCUUGAUUUCCUUUGUAAUGUUGUACUCAUUAACAGAGCUUACAUCAAUAUCCCUUGUCAUACAUCAGAUAGUGGAAAAGAAAAUGAACUGAAGAACAAUUGUAAAUGUCAUGAAACAUCAUUUAUAAUAUAUAGUAAUUAUUUUUAAUUUAGCAAUUUUCUGAGAAAAAUGUUUUUUGUUCUUAUCAAAUCAUGUAUUAUGUUUCAUAUUCAUAUUAUAAAAUUUUGCCUAUAUAUGUUUUAAUUACUAGGCUAUAUUGUAGCAUAUAUACACUGCUUUUUUAAAUUAUUAAUAUAUAUUCUAUUAUUACUAUAAAAUUAUUGUAGUUGAUGGACAUGUAGUUGAAAACUUUUACUUAAAAAUGUUAAAUUUCUGCGUGUUUUUUUUAUAGUGAGAAUGGAUCUUGAAAAUUUGUGAAAAAAAAUUUAACUAUGCAAAAUUUUGUUUUGUGAAACAAUGGUUAAUAGUCAAUUUCAGAAAAUAAACUAUUAAAAUAUUGUUUUAUAAUAUACAUUAUUAAAAAAAAAUAAUAUAUUUGAAAAGUUGUUCUGAGCAUCACCACUGUUCAUUUUAAUUGACUUUAAUGAAUAUCAAAAAUA